ACUACUAUUCCUCCCUAAAAGUGCAAUAUAUGGAGAUUAGAAUGUGUUUGCUAGAAAACUGAAGGGAGACAUUUACAUGCGCGAUUUUGGUUCAGCACUCUGGACAGCGCACGCGAGUUGUGCCUGUCGCGAUUAUUGAUAGUUUAUUUUGUCUCUUCGUUUUUAAAAGUAAAAUUAUCAUGCAGCAGAUGACAUGUUCAGAACAUGGGGCAAGUAUAUCGCAAGGUGACUUCUGAAAAAAGAAAUGGACUUUGUAGAAAUUUUGUCUGCUGUGUUCACCGUUGUGGUUGCGAUUGUUUCCUUGUUGUCGAAUUUACUGGUGUUGCUAUGUUUCAUUCACAGCAGCGAAAUACGCCGUCAGGUACCCGGGGUGUUCACCAUGAACUUGUCGUUUUGCAACAUAUUAAUUUCUACCCUCAACAUGCCGUCCACUUUAUUUGGGAUUGUAAAACACCAGGAGCCUUAUGGGGUCUGCCUUUGUCGCACCUUAAGCUUUCUGGAGACCUUCUUAACCGCAAACAGCAUGCUGAGCAUGGCAGCCCUCAGUAUAGACCGCUGGAUCGCCGUAGUUUUUCCGUUUAGUUACUCCAGCAAGAUGCGUUAUCGGGACGCGCUAGUCAUGGUUUGUUAUUCGUGGCUUUACUCGUUCACAUUCUCUCUCAUCCCGUUGCUUUUCUCUUGGUUUGACUAUAGUCCCAUUUACGCAUCUUGCACGUUGCAUUUGAGCGAGGAGAGCGCACGGAUUAAGUUUACUGUGUUUACCGUCGUCUACCAUGCUACCAGCUUUAUACUUUCGCUCAUGAUUUUGUGCGUUACAUACUUAAAGGUGUUAAAAGUUGCACAAUUUCACUGCAAGAGGAUUGACAUUAUAACCAUGCAGACCCUCUUCUUGCUGGUAGAUAUUCAUCCAAGUGUUAAGCACCGAUGUCUUUCAGAACAAAAAAAGAGAAAACAGCGCGCAACUAAGAAAAUAAGCAUCUUCAUUGGCUCUUUCAUCGUUUGUUUUGCACCUUAUGUUAUUACAAGGUUGACUGAGCUACUUCCAUGUGUGGAAAUUAGCCGGCACUGGGGAAUUGUCAGCAGGUGUUUAACAUACAGCAAGGCAGCCUCAGAUCCCUUCAUCUACUCCCUCCUGCGGCAGCAGUACAAAAAAGUCUUGGUAGCAGUAGCCAAUCACCUGCUGAAGCGUGAUUUAUACCCUUCCUCUGGACACAGCAGCUCUGUGGAUACAGAGAAUGACUACAGUCUUCAGAGAAUCAACUAACUACAACUACAACUUAAUCUGGGGAAAAACUAAAGUACCACCUUGAUGAGUGUGUGUGUGUGUGUGUGUGUGUGUGUGUGUGUGUGUGUGUGUGUGUGUGUGUGUGCGUGCGUGCGUGCGUGUGUGUGUGAAAUAAAAAUUAAGAAUUUGGUCACAGAUGGUGAUGUUAACAAUGACCCGUGCUACUAUAUACAAGAACAACAUAAAGGUGCAGGACAUAUGUUAUACAGUACAUACUUACUGCAUAUAUUUAGAGUAACAUCACUUCAUAUGACUAUACAGUGCAAUUUAUGCCAUAACAUAUACUUUUGUUCUAGUUCCUCUGGCUAAAAAUAGUGAAGUCCUUUUUUUAUUUUGUAGUUCUUUAUAUAAUGCAAGUUGCAUCAAAGUAGUAUUACAAAGAAAGCAGAGAAUGAUAUAACGUAUGAAGUUGCAUCAGUGUAAAACAAGUUCAGUACAAUUCUACUUCUUUUUGAGCAUUUAUUAAUUUUAACACAAUUUAAU